AUGGCACCUUCGCACUUCUCCAGGUACAGCUGGUGGCACGGUCCUCUGGAAUUGGAGGGCCAAGUGGAGCCUGUCGCUGGAGGAGGAGGAGGAGGAGGAGGAGGAGGAGGAGGAGGAGGAGGAGGAGAGGGCCAACUGGAAGGGCGCCUUGAGAUGAGAAGGGUCCAUCGCCAGGAGUCCGGAGAAUACUCUGUCACUGCCACAAGUCCCAGAGGAACCUCCACCGCUUCCUUCGUCAUUAAUGUCCAGUACGGUCCUGAGAACAUCGUGACAUCCAAACGGGUGACGGUGGAUGAGGGUGGCUCAGCUUCCGUCCUCUGUACAGCAGUUGGCAAUCCUACACCGAACGUGACCUGGGUCAGACAGGAGGAUAACAGCAGCAACUCCGAGGUUCUCUCUUGGGGCAUCGGCGAAGCCAGACUCUCGAUCGAGGGGGCGACCAGAGCAGACACGGGAUUCUACCUGUGCCUCGCCUCCAACGUCGUCUCCAGGGCGGAGCCUGUUCGCGCGGCGGUCGUCGUGACUCAAACUCCAGAGGUUCCCGACGAAGUGGAAGAAGGCACAGAAGAGUCCUACCUGAGUCCCUGGGCUCACUUGGGGGGGACGGCCCGCCUGGAGUGCAGCGUGAAAGCCGCCCCUUCGCCCACUUUCAAGUGGACCAUCAACGAGGACCGAGUUCUGCUAAAUGACCGGAAGUAUUUCAUAAGGGUGCCUGAGCUAAUUGACGGUUUGGUGGCCUGGUCGUCUGUCCUGGAAAUCAAGAACGUUUCGCUGAAGGACUACACCACUUACACCUGUGUCGCCGCCAAUUCCAGAGGAUCCUACGCUGUGGAAUUACACUCUUGGCUCACCCCUGCCCCGAAUCCACCUCAGUAUCUCAAUGUCACGACAGUCACAGGUAGUACGGCCUACCUCUCGUGGGUGCCCCCGGGUGGGGGGACACCCCCUGCGGGCUACACCCUUCUCUAUCGGCCGAAGAACGGAGGAAAGUACACGAGAGAGGAUGUCACUGGAGCCGAUGUUACCGCGGUGGAGAUCCAAGGACUGAUGCCUGGUACAGUUUACGAGUUCCUAAUCCAAUCACACAACGCUCAGGGAAGGUCUAACUACACCUCUUCAAGUGCUCAGAUUCCAGUGCCAGGAGUUGUAAAAGAAGUUGCCAGCAGCAGCAGCAGCAGCAGUCAGCCGGGUGUUCCUCUCCUGACGCUGUUCCUUACGUCUCUGACAGGCGCAGCCUUGCUGGUUCUGAACGUCAGCAUCAUCGUCUGCUUCGUCAAGCGCUUUGUUCUGAAGAGGAACACUCCAGUGAAGGAUAAAACUCUGAUUAUUUCCAUCCCUGCUGGAGUUGUAAAAGAAGUUGCCAGCAGCAGCAGCAGCAACAACAGUCAGCUGGGUGUUCCUCUCAUGACACUGUUCCUUACGUCUCUGACAGGCGCAGCCUUGCUGGUUCUCAACGUCAGCAUCAUCGUCUGCUUCGUCAAGCGCUUCGUUCUGAAGAGGAACACUUCAGCAGCUGUUUCUGAAGCUUAUGGGCCUGUUUGGACACCUGGCUUGGACCUUGAGACUGGGAGAACUGGAAGCAUAGACUCUAUAUCAUCUCAAGUGCAUUAUCAGUUCAUUAGUCAGUCCCCAAUGGGUGAAGAAGAAAGAAGAUUCUCCUCAACAACUCACAGUCUCAUGACAGAACUAUCAGAGUAUCAGAAACAGGAAGAAACUCCUCUAACAACAAUACCAACUUCUGAUUACUUCAUCAGCACAGCCAGUCCUCUCAGUAAUUACAGAAGUGACUUGAUAAAUGGAGGAUUGAAUUUAGCAGCACGAAAAUCCCAGUCUUCAAAAUCUCUGACCAAUUUUAAUGAAUUCAUGACACCUGGAGAAUCACAAUACGGUCUAGACGACAACAUUUUUAGAAGGAUGAAAGUAAGGGUUCAGUCUCCAGACAUCCCUGAUGUUUGCCCCAAAAGCCCCACAUUAUGCCCUUCAUUGACUCUUCUGCAGAGUUGUGAAAGGACAGUGAGUCAUCUUGAGGAUAAUGAAGACAGAAUCUCUUUGUCAUCAAAUCAUAGUGACUCCUCUUACAAAGGCAUUCAGGGUCGAGCACGUGGCUUCAGAUCUCACACACCUAAAAGCAACGUGCAUCAGGACAAUGUAAGAUGCCCAGCAGCUAUUCAUAAGUCAGAAAGAUUAACAUCUUCUUGUCAAGAUAUCAGAAGAGAAGCCAUAGCUAAUAAACCAUGCUCAGGCCCUUCUUUUUCCAACAUUUGUUGCUCAACUAAACUAACGUCACAGGUCACAUAUCACGGUCAGCCACACAUUCAGCAACAACAUGAAGAGGAACAGAAACGUGAGCAUUUGCAGCAUUUACAACAUCAGAAUCUUCAGCAACGACAAAUGUCACAGCAACACUGCCCUCAACUAGAUCAUCAACGGCAAUCCACAGAAAAUACACCGGAUCAUCAUCGAAUCAUUCAUCAGUGGCCCGACCACCACUACCAAGAACGUCAACAGAAUGUAGACCAUCAGAAUGAUCCUGCUCAUCACCAUUAUAAUAAUCAAGAUCAGCAUUGCCAUCUGCUGCACUCAGAACAUCAUCACCAAGUGCAACAGCAACAUUUAGGACACCAUCAUCACGCUGGAGUAAGUGAAGCCCCAGAUAAUCAUCACCAGCAUCGAGAAAUCAAUGAAAAUUUAAAGUUUCCAGAAAGGCAGCCUUUCAACCACAGAGAACAUGCUGCACCAUGUUGUCCAACAUCAGAAACCACCAUGUUUCAUCAAACAUUUCCUUGCUGUCAUCAGUCUCAGUUCCAUCUCCGUCAGCCUAAAUAUGAAGAAUACCCCCAACUGCACAAUGAGCAUGCCCAAUACCAAUAUCUAGGGCAUCAAGUCCCUGCAGUCCCACAGCAAAUAUUUCAUAGUUUGCCUCGUAAAAUGCGAUGGUAUCAUUCUGAAGACCUAGAGUCUCCUAAACUUCACAGAGUCACUCAUUCCACGAGAUCAUCAACUCCUCAACUCUAUCAACGUGAUGGACCUCCACAGAGCCUUUCAAGCAAUCCAAUAACCCAUUCACAAAGUGAGCACAGUUAUUUAACACCGUGUGCACAAGGGGAUUACCAGUUUCAUAAAGAUUCGGUUGCUGAACACUCCUUUAGUUACAAGAGAGAAACCCCUGUUCAGUAUUCCAGAGUGCAACCAUCAGCUCUUACUAUACGGGAUAUGACCUAUGAUAAUAAUGGUUAUGGUCAUUUUGAAACUACCCUAGAAUUAUGAGCACAAUCGUAGGUUAAUAGUGCAAGGAAUCGGCCCACUCAAAGGUUGCUAGGAUCAUAAUGAAUGUACCCUUCUUUCUCAGUUUUAUACCAAAUCCAUAACUGAUCAUUUUUUGUAACCUGAUAAUUUAUGUCUUGUAUCCUGAUGUUCCACAGAGAAAAUAAAGUAACAUUUCAUGAA